UAUGUGUAUUUGUGAUGUACAUUUUUACCGUAAAUAUGUUUCCGGAAUCAUUGUGGAGGUAGUAUAUAUGAAAUGGAACGUAAUUCUACUGACUAUUUCUUUUAUUCAAAUAAUUAUACAGAAACAAUCGUUUGUUUACUUGGUAUAUUCGGUUUCGUUGGUAACAUGUUUGUUGUUGUUGUCAUCAUAAAAUGUCCUGCACUUCAUACUUGCAGCAAUUAUCUUACUGCUAGUCUUGCAAUUGUCGACCUUACCUCCAGUGUAGUAAUGAUGUUUAAUAUGACGAACUCGGCGUUGCUUGUAGUGAUGGUAUAUCUUACCUUUGCCUCAUUGGCUCAUCUCCUAGCAAUCUCAGUAGACAAAUACUUGUUGAUAACUCGACCAUUUUCCUAUCACACAAGUAAUAAAAAAGUGUUUAUAUCAAUAUGCCUCGCUUGGACAAUCCCAUUUAUUACGUUGGUGAAUCCAAAAAUGUUGAUCAUUACUGUAUGUGCAAACGGGUUUGCUGUUUCUUGGAUCAUGGUGUUUUCUCAAAUAUUUAGUUUGUUAACCUAUUUUACAAUUAUUGCCAUAAAUGUACGAAUGUAUAUUAUAGCUCGCAAGCAAUCUCGACAGAUAAACGCUAUAGCCACCGGACAACCUAGACAGAUGGAAACCUACUCUGCGUCUUGGAAAGCAACAAAAACAACGAUUAUUGUGAUUGGUGCAUUUUCGACAAGCUCGGCUCCUACUUUUACAAUUACUUUUCUUUUCUCGCUUUGUUGUGAAAUGCGAAAUAUAAUGAGUUAUUUAUGGUAUCCAUUAUUGUCAAUUAAUCCAAUUCUUAACCCGGUCAUAUAUACUAUUCGAAGACAUGAAUUUCAAAACGCAGCAAGAAAUGUAAUAAGAACCCUUAAAAUGUGUUGAAUAGUUGUUUGGCACCUUAUUAUUGAGAGUUCCCUACAAUGGUAAAACUGGUGAACCUGUAAAGCUGGCGUUCAUACAGAAAUUUUGGUUCAAUUUUUCAUUUUGACAGGAGUACGUAGACACUUGAUAUUCCCUAGCCACACUAUUUUUGAUAAUAACUUGUCAUACCUGUCAACCUUGAGAAAUUUCGAAGAGUAAGAUUGGGUGACACAUAAUGAGUGCCGAAGGCACGAACAGCGGCUGGGGGCCAGGGUGCCGCCAAGGAGUCCCGACGCUUUGGCUUAAAUGGCAUAUCUAAUCGAUAUUAGUGAGUUUAUCCGAUACAGCAGUUAUUGAAAGAUAGUUUAAGAUAACGAAAGGCAUCUUCCCUUCUUAUGAAAAUUCAUUACAAAUUGAAAAAUAAACAGAAUUUAUUCAAAUUUUGGGAUAGUUUUGCCGGUGUUUGCGUAAGACCGUAAGAUUUGAUUGGAAUGCGUAAGACUUACGGUGAAUGCGUACGGGUUGACAGGUCUGACUUGUCACCUAAUAGAAAUUUUAGGGACAAUCUAAAUAAGGGUAUACUGAUACUGGAUCUAUUCUUGUGCAGGUCCCUACUAUUUUAUAAUGUCUAUACUUUCUAUGCUGUGAUUUGCUGAUGAUUUCCAGAUGUUCUCAAAAUCUGAAGGCAAAUAGAAAAUGUUCUGUACUUUCCAGUUCUUUUACCCUCACUGUGGAUACCAAAGAGGAGGUUAAAGCAAAGGUCGCAGUAAAAUCACAGAAUAAGGACUCAAACCAGGUACACCCCAUUAAUCAUGUUUACUCUUAAUGGAUAUUUGAAGACAAAAAUUGACCGUGUGACGCGAGCUUCAAACCCAGAUGCAGAUUAUUCUGUCAAAGCUUUUAUAUAUCUGAUUUAAUAGUCGAAGAAGUAUGUUAGAAAAUGUGGCUUGAAUCUUGUUAUUUUGGGGGGGGGGGUAUUGCUCUUAGCAUUAUUCAGAUGUACAGAAAACUAAUACGGUACAUUUCAUGUAUUUUAGUUAUAAAUGAACGAAAAACACUUUAAAUGAAUAUAUGAUAAAUAAAAAUAACUGAAUAUUGAAUUUUGGCUUUUAGAUGAAAUAUCUCAUGGAGAAUAAAAAGAUGAAAUUGUUUGUUUAUGCACAAGUUAAUUUUUCAGUGAGUGUAUCUGCUUGUUCACAUGAGGCUGGCUGGACACAUUUGUAGGCCUAUUUGUUUUAUGAUGCAUAGUACCUUUGCUCUUUACUAUAAUUAUAGACUGGGGGGACUAAAGAGUUUGUAACGUCGACCGACAGAAUGAAAAAAAGGUGUUGAAUCCAAUUAGGCAUAAUCGAUACCCGCUGUUAGAAACGACAUUUUUUAACAUAAUAAAUACAGUCUUUUCAGCCUUAACAAAUAUCUCUAGGGAUAUUAACCACCCCGGUCACUUCAGAAGCAAAAGCACUUGCUAAUAUACAAGGGGCCCAAGACAAGAUUCCAUACCUCUGAUAAGAAACUAAUGAGAAUCAAUUAUUAGUGUUAUUGUGAUUGACGUACAGUAUUGAAUACCUUAUAUAUUUACAUAUUCACAGCUUUAUUAGGAAGCUGGUCUAGUUUUGCAUGUGAAUUUCUGAUCUGUACUAUUAACGGAAAUGUUCUGGAAUCAAUAUACAUGUAGACAAAUAUUUUCGUAAUGGAUACCAAUGCAACUGACUCCUGUAUUCAGAAAGUACUACAAAGAUGGUUGGAGUAGUCGUCUGUUUGCUAGGAGUAUCCACCUUUGUAAUAUUUUUGUCCUGGCUAUCAUUAUAAAAUGUACCUCACUUCAUACUUACAACAAUUAUCUCAUUUGCUAGUCUUGCAGUUGUCGACCUCACAUCCAGUAUUGCAAUGAUGCCUUAUACAAACUUGCACUGGCUGUACGGAAUUAUGAAGUAUCUUACUGUUACAUCAUUGACUCAUCUCCUAUCUAUUUCUAUAGAUAAGUACUCACUUAUGUAGAUAAAAGUUCGACGUGAACCAGGCUUUUAAUAAGCUGGCCAUCCUUUAUAAACUUGGGCGGACUUAAUUAUCUCAAGCUUCAGUACACGCAUAGUCGUAUGUACAAAAACACAGAGUUGUCUGUUAAUCCAUGGAGGUAUAAAAAUCUAAUCUCAAUACUAUAUCAAACGAUGUGUUGGGUAAGCUAUUUUACAAUCAUUGCUAUAAAUGUGCAAAUGUAUAUUACAGCUCGGAAGCAAUCUCGUUACUGAGCAGCUUAGACAAAAGAAAAUAUAUAAUUCUUCUUCUUUGAAAGCAACAAAAAUAACGAUGAUUGUGAUUGGUGUAUUUUUUUGUAUUUCUUCUUUCCUCAUUUUGCUGCAAGUUGCCAGACCUAGUUAUAUAUCUAUG